AUGGACCCAAAUAUUCAAGGGGGGUCAUAUGACAAUCCCUCACAGGCUGCAUGUGCUCACGGUCACUAUGGGGUUGCGAAGCUUUUACUCGAGAGGGGAGCAGACCCAUUUUCUCAAGGAGGAAGGUUCACCAACGCUUUACAAGCUGCAUUGUUCAGCGAGUCCGAGGCCAUUGUCAAGCUCCUGCUAGAGAAGGGAGUUGAUCCAAAUCCUGGCAACACCCUGCAGGUGGUAGCCUAUUAUGGUUUUGAGGCCAUCGUGACACUCCUACUCGACGAUGGAGCUGAUCUAAAUAUCCAGGACAAAACCCACAGAAAUGCCCUACAUGAAGCCGCCAUGCAGGGUUCCGAGGCGAUCGUCAAUCUGCUACUUGAGAGGGGAACCGAUCCAAAUAUCCAGGGCGGUGCAUUUGGCAGUGCACUGCAGGCGGCAACAUAUCACAAUCGCGAGGCUAUCGUUAAGCUUCUGCUCGAAAAGGGAGCAGAUCCAAAUUUUCAGGAUGUUCAGGGCGGACUAUUCGGCAAUGCGCUGCAGGCGGCGGCCUUGCGUGGUUCUGGAUCCAUCGUCAAGCUCCUGCUUGAAAAGGGGGUUGAUCCAAAUGUGCAGGGAGGACGCUACGGAAACGCAAUAACAGCGGCCGCGUGUAACAACUGCUGGUGGGAUGAUGGCAGAGAAGUUGUAACGAGGCUUCUGCUCGACUACGGUGCCAUUCUCUCCGAUGCCCCCUAG